CGCAUUUCGUUUUUAUCCCCUUUAUUUCGAUUUAUUUCAAACGGAGGAUGUUGUAAAGUAUUUUUUCGUAUGGGCAUUUGACAACGAUUACAUACUAUGCUAGUCACAGUUCUCGUGCAGUAAGAAAAUUAACAUAUAGAUUUCAGGAUGGUUUGAUUUGAGUCAUGAUUGGAGUAGAUCACAGUGGCCAUCUUGUUUUUCUUACUGCCAUGACCACUGCAUGGAUGUAGAACGAGGACAGUAAAGAUAUUAGAGCAUAACGUAAUAUGUCGAUACUACAGUCUCUCCGAUUUUCUCCUAUACGUCUCUAUUCAUUAAAUUAGUGUGCUCAAGCUAUAUUCAAAAUAAAUAUGAAAAAUGAAUACGAUAACAAAUACAUUUAAAGUUGUUUUUAAGCAGGCGAUGAUAACCCCACACUGACGUCACCACUACAUGCGUUUGGGGUCCUUUGACUGAAUCUUUGAGGCGGGGGAGCGAGCAGCGCUAGCAGUAAAUGUCAUGAAAUGUUUGUGUUUUAUAAAAGUGCCUAAAUUCAAACCAACCAACUGUAUAUUGAUCUGAUUGGUUUAAAAAUGGAGGAGUUAGACGUUGAGCCGACAACAACUAACAUCCCGGCCAGUGAAGGAAAUCAUUUGGGGUUUGUUUGGGGUCCUGGAGACAUAUUGGUGUAUGACACUAUCUACAAAUCAUCAGGCUCUGUGGGUACAUGCUCCUCCUUCAUCCAUGAGGUUAGGAAAGAUGAGGACAUCUACUCUCCUAUUUUACGCAAACUCUUUAAUGAAUCCCACCACAUCUUCGUCGGACUGCAGACCAUUAGAGAGGACCUGCCUAACAAAAACAAGAAAACACAGUUCGUCAGCAUCAGUAAAAACUACAGAUCAGUUAUUCGAGCGUGCAUGGAAGAGCUACAGCAAGUUGCAGUUUUAACACAAGAUACAGAAUUGGCCACACAGUAUGGAAAUCAGGUGUCAAUUCUCUUGGCUAUCGAGCUGAUCUGGAAUCUUUGUGAAGUGCUUUUCAUUGAUGCUGCUCCAGGGGGGUCUCUUCUGCUGCACCUGCUGGACUGGGUGAGGCUGCACAAGGCUGAUGUGGAUGAGAAGGCCCAGGAGGUCCUUCAGAGUGAGAGCCCCACUGAGCACCAUGGCUACUGGGAUGUGGUGCUGAGCUAUCUGAUGCAGGGCAGAAUGGAAGAGGCCAGACAGAUGCUGGUGAAGUGGGGCGCGUUGAAGCCGGCUGCCAGAAGCAUGUAUAAGCAGAUGGACAACCUGCUCAGCAAGAUGCCUGUCUACAACCCUGGCGGAAGCCAGACACUGACAGAGUUCGACGUCAAAUGGAGACACUGGCACGACAUGGUGGACCACAGCCUGCAAGACAACUCCUUCGCCAGUGAUCCCAACCUGGAGCUCAUCUGCAAGAUCUUGAUGGGGGAUGAGGAUGCCAUACUGGAGCAGAAAGACCUGCUCAGCACCUGGUAUCACUUCCUGGUCACCCGCCUGCUCUUCUCCCACCCCACGGUCAAGCCCACAGAGCUGCAUUACUAUGCACAGUCAUGCCUGGCCAUGUUUGACUCGCGAAGCGCCCCAGAACCUCUGGACAGCAUCUUAUUGGCUGCCUUUGAGUUUGACAUCCACCAGGUCAUCAAGGACUGCAGCAUUGCCCUCAACAACUGGUGGUUUGUUGCCCAUCUGACGGACCUACUGGAUCACUGCAACCUCCUUCAGUCCCACAACCUACAUUUUGGCUCGAACCUGAGGGAGUUUCUGCUGCUGGAGUAUGCCUCGGGUCUGUUCACCCAUCACAGUCUGUGGCAGCUGGCGGUGGACUACUUUGACCACUGUCCCGAGUUUGGCCGCGUAUACCUGGAGCAGCAGAUUGAGCAUGUUCCCCUGGACACGGAGCGCAAGGCUCUCAAGGUCCUCAGGAUCUGUGAACAAAGGCAGAUGUCCGAGCAAGUGCGAAGCAUCUGUAAGAUAAUGGCCAAACGGGCACUGAGGAACAACCGGCUUGGGUCUGCUCUCUCCUGGAGCAUCAGGGCCAAAGACGCCGCCUUCGCCACACUCAUAUCAGAGAGAUUCCUGCAAGACUACUGCGCCAGGGGCACCUUCUCUGAUCUAGACCUGAUCGACAACCUUGGGCCGGCCAUGUUGCUUAGCGACAGGCUCACCUUCCUAGGAAAGUACCGCGAGUUCCACAAGCUGUACGGGGAAAAUCGCUUCUCGGACGCCGCCACGCUCCUCCUGUCCCUCAUGACGGCCCAGAUCGCCCCGCGCAGCUUCUGGAUGACCCUGCUGACGGACGCGCUGCCCCUGCUGGAGCAGAAGGAGGCUAUCUUCUCAGCGGACCAAACCCAUGAGCUCAUCUUCUGUCUGGAGGACCUCACUUCCUCACUGAAGAUCCCCACGGGCCUGGAUGCACCCAUGCAGGAUGAAGACGUGGAGGUAACCAAGGUGGAACUGCUGAGACUGGCCCUGGCUAGGAACCUUGCCAUGGCCAUCGUCAAAGAAGGGACCGUGGCAGUCUGAAGACCAGUGUUUUAGCUGAAAGCCUUUGUCUUUUUUUUUUUUUUUUUACCCCUCCGUGUUGUAUUGUUUUUGUACUGUAUAUUAAAUCAACUGAUUGAAACAUGCUUUUUGAUAAUAAACAGUUAAGUAAAUGCAUUGAAA